AUGGUUGGAAAGAAGUCGGGCAAGGCCCUUCGGGAUGAAGGCCUUGAGCGAACCGACAACAACAUGGAUCUCUCCAGCUGGCCGCAGGUUCAAGCAAUCAACCAGAAGAACUACUACACCGACUACCUCAAGCGAGACGAUCAGUACCUGGCAUUCCGAUUGCAAAACGAAGAGGCGAGAACGAAGAUGACCAAAUCAGCCAAGGACAAGGAUCGCGCACUCGCAAUGGUAAAGACCAAUGAACUGACAGAGGCCGAACCGGAAGCAGAUGGCGAUGCCAAUAUGGAAGAUGCGGAGGAGGAGGAGGAGGAGACCCCGGCCGAGACAGUAGGCUCUAAGGUCAUUGUCAUUCACAUCGGUAGCCAAAAUCUACGCAUUGGGCUGUCAAGUGAUGCCCUGCCGAAAACCAUACCGAUGGUCAUUGCGAGGAAGGCGAAAACGAGCGAGAGCGAAGACCAGGAGGAACCCAACCCGAAACGACAGAAGCGGGAUGAUGGGACAUUUGAAGAGCCAGAGCAGCUGUUUGGACCAGAAUGGUCCUCUCACUUUAGCAAAAUGUCUGCUGAAUUGAAAGUUCAUAUGCGCCAAAACAAGCGAAGGAUGUUGCCAAACUCCAAAGAAAUGGUGGUCAAUUUCAAUCGAAGGACAGUCCCAGAGACCAUCUCUGAGCACAAUGACCCUAUGCGCAUCGAAUGGACCGAGCUUUCAAACCCCCCGCCGGAGUACAUUGUCGGGCAGCCUGCAUUGAGAGUGCCAGACUCAUCGAACCCUCGUUACAAACUUUACUGGCCAUUCCAGAAUGGGUGUUGCAACGAGAGGGACUAUACCAGCAAGCGGAUGCUGUUCCUAGAUAUCUCAUUGAUCCUUGAGGAUGCUAUCAAGACCCAGCUUGGCUUGACUAGCAAAAAGGACUGGCCACAGUACUCUUGUGUCUUCGUCAUUCCCGAUCUUUUUGAAAAGUCAUAUGUCACCCAAGUCCUGGACAUGUUAAUGCGUGAGUUCUCAUUUGCCCGGGUGUGUUUCAUCCAGGAGAGUCUCGCCGCAACCUUUGGUGCCGGGUUCACCUCGGCUUGUGUGGUUGAUAUCGGAGCACAGAAGACUUCCAUCUGCUGUGUGGAAGAAGGUAUGUGUGUGGAAAAUUCUCGAGUGAACUUAAAGAUGGGUGGCCGAGAUGUCACGGAAGCUUUCAUCAGAAUGAUGCUUCACGACCAUUUCCCUUAUGCCGACAUCGACCUAUGGCGGAGAUACGACUUUCUGUUAGCAGAAGAGCUUAAAAGGACUAUUUGCACUAUGAACGAGGCCAGCGUUUCCCCACAAGUCUUUGACUUCCAUCUCCGCGUGGCUGGACAGGACACCCAGAAGCACACUUUCAAAGCCUUCGAUGAGGUUCAUCUAGCCCCGAUGGGAUUUUUUGAGCCAACUAUCUUUGACAACUCACAAAAGCUUGCUGGUCGGCGUAGAUUGAUUGAGCGCUCUGUCGAUAUCUAUGACGGACAUUCCAAUGAUCCUGUCUCUGCCGCUCAAUCCGAAAUUUUGACAGCCCUCGCGCCGCCGCGCCCCAAGGCAAACGGAGAAUCAAAUCCCACCCCCACAGAUGUGCAAGCAACCCCGAGCAAGCCUCAGCAUCCAAGUGCCCUAGGUCGAGUCCAAGAGCAAGAAGCUACACCCCACUCUUCUGCCCCGGGCUCACCCGCCCCGGAAACGACAGGUACUCCACAGGCCGGUGUUAGUACACCUGCUGUCACCGCUCCAACCAGCCAAGUAUCUCGUCCUACCAUUGAGUAUCACGAUGAUGUGCUGCCCGUGUAUUCUCUGGAUAACGCGAUUCUAACCUCGAUUGCUCACGCUGCUCGUUCCGAUGAGAAGAAAAUGCGUGAUUUCAUUGGAGGAAUCAUGGUUGUUGGAGGUGGUACUUUGACCAGCGGCUUCCACUUGUUCCUGGAAGAACGUCUUCAAACUCUACGCCCCGGAUUUGCCAAAGAGAUCAUGAUUGGGGUUCCGCCAAGAGAUUUAGAUCCUCAAGUGGUUGUUUGGAAAGGCGCUAGCAUCUUUGGAAAACUUAGUGGAACUAACGAUAGCUGGAUCGGACAGCUAGAGUAUGAUCGGCUUGGUCACCGGCUCAUGGCCUACAAGUGUAUGUGGGGAUACUAA